CCAAUAAUCGCGAAAUUAAUACUUGUAACUGUUCAAUUUUAACUAAUACUGCUUAUACUGCUAUCAUAUUUUAUAAAAUACUUGUAAAAACAUUUUGUACUCGGUUUGGUCUGUUUUGGCAUUUUUUGCUGCAUGGUUUGGGAAUUUGGAUAAAAACUGAUUUUACUAUUAAGGUGGCUGUGUCAGGAAUAGUAGUGUUAGAUUUUAUAUAUUACUAAUAAAUGAGGCUAUAUGCUAUGAUCGUUUCUGAUGAGUAGACCACCUCCAGAUCCAGUUUAUAUAUUACGUGGAGUAGGAUCGCCAGUUACGGCUGUCGAAUUUUGUACGUUUGGUGGAAAUGAACAGCGGUUGCUCUCAGGGUAUGGUAAUGGUACUUUAGUUUGGUGAUUACGUCGCAAGUGACCAGCAAGCCUUCGACCUAAUCACCCUAAUGCAUGUGUAUGCCUCUUUCUAUAAACCAAGUCAGUGAAUUCACUCACAUAUAUAAUUUAAAUGCUUGGUUACCUUUGUUCCUAUACACUAUCUGAACAGUGGUAUCACUGAGCAUGUGAGAACUGAAAAUGUGAAUUGGAUGGGAAAUUUGGCUGAUCAAGUCUAAUACAUGUUAUUUUUACGACAUUCUAUCAUCAGUGACCAAAAAGGGAUUGUGAGCAUUUGGAACUUGUCAACAAAGCGGACAGAAUUUACACUGGAUGGUCACGACAACAAAGCUAUAUUGACCAUACAAUAUUUGAAGGAUGACACACUCUUGAGGUAUGAACACAGUCUAUGAUCAUCAUCUAGGUAGAUUUGAUGGAAAUAAAGAAUGAAUACACCCUACAGUCACCAAUGCACGGCUCAAUGUAUAGAUCAGAAAAUAUUUAAGGUACCUGAAGCAUUCCUCCCCCCUGGAAAUCUCCUACCCACACUGCAAAUUUUCUCCACCCUCUCAUGCCCCCCUCCAAAGUUUUCACUUGUGAAAAUUCUCAACUCCUCCUUGGGGAAUUUCCAUUUUUACAUUCUUCACCACCACCCCCCCAUCUGAAAAUGUUCUCCCCCUAAAGUUUUUCCACCUCCAAAAAACAUUCCAACCACCCCCUUCCUCAAAAUCCCCCCUGGAAAUUUUCCACCUUUCAACCCCCCCCCCCUUCCACCUACAAUCAGGAAAAAAUCCACUUGACCACUUCCUAGAUCAGGUCGGAUCCGAUCAAUGUGACCCUCCAUCAUUCUCAUUUAGUCAUGGUCGUGAUGGUAAUGUCCAUAUCUGGAAUCUGAAUAGAAAUGAAAUCCAAGACACUCUGAAAGUGUCUGAUAUAGGUUUCUGUAAAUGUGAAAUUAUCUGUAAGUUCCAAAAUCCAGAUUAAAGACAUUAAAUGAAAUUCAAAGUUUUACAAAUUAACAAGGUCUGCAAGCAAAAUAAUCAGAAAACAUUAUUUUGUGAUUCCAGAUGAUUUUCAAAGCAGUGGUGACAACUGUCUUGCUGUUUCCAGUGAAGACCAGUCACAAGUAAGAUGGUGACACAGUAGUUUUGUUUUUCACCUAAAAGCCUUUACCUUCAAUAUGCAGUAGUCUGAUUAUCUAUACCAAAUCUCUCUUUGAUAGAUUGAUAUCAUGUGUUUGAAAACCAAGAAAAUUAUCAGGAAAUUGACACCAGAAUCCUCAAAAUCAUUUGGUGGGUUAUUCAUGAGAGUACUGGUUUGAUUCAUAAGAUUUGACAGCAGAUGUUCAACUUUCGAACUGGUCACACUUUUAAGAGCAAGAAAAUUGAACUAUAAUUAUAUUAUUUGCCACCAAUAAUUAAAUACAAGACUACUACAUAAAAUGACAAUAAUUUUGGUGACUCUCUGGUGAUUGUAGGUUGACCACCAUCUGCUGCCGAUAGUGCUUUACAGUAAAAUCUGUACGGCUGAACCUAGCCCUAGGAUUAUUGAAUUUAUGGUGCAUGCUCUCUCCAUGAGAAAAUUAAUCUUGCAAAACAUUUUUGGCUACAUAGGUAUGUGUAUGUGUCUGAAAAGCAUCGAAACAGAGAAAAAAUAUCUUGUGGCUGGUUACGAAAGCGGAGAUAUUAUCUUGUGGGAUUUACAAUCUUCAAAUAUGGUUUCGAAAUUGUGUGUACAUAAAGAACCAGGUAUACUGAAACUUUGUAAUUCCGUCGGGCCGCUUCGUCGAUCUUAGAACCUCAAGAGAAACUGUCCAGGACGAACUAUAGCUAGACAGAAUAGCGUGAUCAAGUAUGCUCACAAUGGUUCUGAGGCCAUGUCCGAUAUUUAUUAUGCACAAUUCCACAUAGACGUAAAUUGCUCCGAUUGAGACGAUCGAAUUACCCACGCAAGUUGACACGUAAAAAUCUCACAACUUGUCAACAAGAUGUGUUCGCAACAGGCUUGUAGCAAGUUUGUCAAUAAGUUGUAACAAUGCUAUUAUUUUAUCAAGUUGCUACUUAUACAAUUACUUUAUGGUUUCCGUGUUUGGAUGGCCUGAUCCAAACACGCGGGAAUGUUGCGAGAGUUAAGAAAAGCGUGCGAAACACGAGACGAAGGCGAGUUUCGACCAAUCAGAGCAUGCGUUAUAUCCUAACUCGAGCAAUAUUCCCAAGUGUUUGGAUCAAGCCAUCCAAACACGGAAACCAUGCAUAAAGUAAUUGUUUUAUAAAAUAACAACAUCAGGUGAUUGUAGGUUGACCACCAUCUGCUGCCGAUAGUGCUUUACAGUAAAAUCUGUACGGCUGAACCUAGCCCUAGGAUUAUUGAAUUUAUGGUGCAUGCUCUCUCCAUGAGAAAAUUAAUCUUGCAAAACAUUUUUGGCUACAUAGGUAUGUGUAUGUGUCUGAAAAGCAUCGAAACAGAGAAAAAAUAUCUUGUGGCUGGUUACGAAAGCGGAGAUAUUAUCUUGUGGGAUUUACAAUCUUCAAAUAUGGUUUCGAAAUUGUGUGUACAUAAAGAACCAGGUAUACUGAAACUUUGUAAUUCCGUCGGGCCGCUUCGUCGAUCUUAGAACCUCAAGAGAAACUGUCCAGGACGAACUAUAGCUAGACAGAAUAGCGUGAUCAAGUAUGCUCACAAUGGUUCUGAGGCCAUGUCCGAUAUUUAUUAUGCACAAUUCCACAUAGACGUAAAUUGCUCCGAUUGAGACGAUCGAAUUACCCACGCAAGUUGACACGUAAAAAUCUCACAACUUGUCAACAAGAUGUGUUCGCAACAGGCUUGUAGCAAGUUUGUCAAUAAGUUGUAACAAUGCUAUUAUUUUAUCAAGUUGCUACUUAUACAAUUACUUUAUGGUUUCCGUGUUUGGAUGGCCUGAUCCAAACACGCGGGAAUGUUGCGAGAGUUAAGAAAAGCGUGCGAAACACGAGACGAAGGCGAGUUUCGACCAAUCAGAGCAUGCGUUAUAUACAUGUUAUUUUAUAAAAGGUAUUGUCACUCACAACUUGUUGACAAAUUGUUGAAUUGCAGGACGAUAACAAGUUGUUGGAACAACUUGUAACAAGUCUGUUGAACUCAACAACCUUGUAGCAAGUUGCCAACAAGCCGUUGACAACUUGUGAACAAGCUGAGAACAAGCAGUGCGAACACAUCCUGUUGACAAGUUGUUGGAACAGCAUUGCUACAAGUCUGCUGCAGGUUUGUUACAACUUGUGCGUUUUAACGUAUAAACCAACCACGCAGUUAGUUCACCGAACUACACACGUAUAAGAACGCACAAGUUAUGACAAACCUGCAGCAGACUUGUAGCAAUGCGGUUCCAACAACUUGUCAACAGGAUGUGUUCGCAAUGCUUGUUGACAAGUUGUCAUCGGUCUGUUGAGCUCAACAAUUUUGUAGCAAGUUGUUUCAACAACUUGUUAUCGCAAUUCAACAGUUUGUCAAGAAGUUGUGAGUGACAACCUUGAUAAAACAACGUUGUUGCAACUUGUUGACAACUAAUGCUACAAGCCUGUUGCGAAUACAUCUUGUUGACAAGUUGUGAGAUUUUUACAUGUGUACACACGUAAAAACGUACAAGUUGUACCAAACCUGGAGCAGACUCCUAGCAAUACUGUUCCAACAGGAUGUGUUCGCACUGCUUGUUGAUAAAAACCUGGUGGUCGUAAAGAUUGAGUCACGAUCUUUCUCAUCAGCCGAAAUACAACAUUUUAUAUGUGGUUUACAGGUCUAAACUAUUGUUGAGCUCAACAAACUUGUUACAAGUUGUUCCAACAAUUUGUUAUCGUCCUGCAAUUCAACAAGUUGCGAGUGGCAACCUUGUAGCAACUUGAUAAAAUAACAGCAUUGUUACAACUUGUUACAACUUGUUACAAGAUUGUUGAGCUCAACUCAACAGACUUGUUACAAGUUGAUGAAAUAACAGCAUUGUUAUAACUUGUUGACAACUUGCUACAAGGUAUUUGAGCUCAACAGACUUGUUACAAGUUUAUGAAAUAACAGCAUUGUUACAACUUGUUGACAACUUGCUACAAGGUUUUUGAGCUCAACAGACUUGUUACAAGUUGAUGAAAUAACAGCAUUGUUACAACUUGUUGACAACUUGCUACAAGGUUUUUGAGCUCAACAGACUUGUUACAAGUUGGUGAAAUAACAGCAUUGUUACAACUUGUUGACAACUUGCUACAAGGUUUUUGAGCUCAACAGACUUGUUACAAGUUGGUGAAAUAACAGCAUUGUUACAACUUGUUGACAACUUGCUACAAGGUUUUUGAGCUCAACGGACUUGUUACAAGUUGGUGAAAUAACAGCAUUGUUACAACUUGUUGACAACUUGCUACAAGGUUUUUGAGCUCAACAGACUUGUUACAAGUUGGUGAAAUAACAGCAUUGUUACAACUUGUUGACAACUUGCUACAAGGUUUUUGAGCUCAACAGACUUGUUACAAGUUGGUGAAAUAACAGCAUUGUUACAACUUGUUGACAACUUGCUACAAGGUUUUUGAGCUCAACAGACUUGUUACAAGUUGUUCCAACAACUUGUUAUCGUCCUGCAAUUCAACAAGUUGUCAACAAGUUGUGAGUGACAACCUUGUAGCAACUUGAUAAAAUAAUAGCACUGUUACAACUUGUUGACAACUUGUAACAUCUUGUAGCAAAUCUGCCAACAAGUCGUCAACAAGUUCUUUUCACACUGCUUAUCCCAAGUUGUCAACAAGUAUGGAACAAGCUGUUAACAACUUGUAACAACCUAGUUGAUAUUAUCAGACUUGUUGCAAGGUUGUUCCAACAAUUCUGAUGCAGUCAUGAUAUAACAAUACUGUUACAACCUUGUGUCGUCAACCUUGUAACAUUCUUGUUAUAUCAUGACUGUAUCAGACUUGUUAGAACAACCUUGUAACAAGUCUGAUAGUGCCAUCAAGCUUGUCACAAGUUGUUAACAGCUUAUUCUACAAGGUUGUAAUAGACUUGUUAGAACGACCUUGUAACAAGUCUGAUAAUGCCAUCAAGCUUGUUACAAGUUGUCAUUGGCUUGUUACAACAACUGGGAACAAGCAGUGCGAACACAACUUGUCGACAGCUUGUGAACAGAUUUGUAACAACUUGUUUGCAGACCUGUAACAACUUGUGCGUUUUUACGUGUGUACUCGUUUGUAGAUUACUCGUUGGUUAGGUAAAAUACUGCUAUAUAUGUUUUCCAGUAAUGUGUGUCGACAUCGAUCCCAAAUCAAAUCGCGGGAUAUCUGGCUCUGCUGAGGAGAAAGUUACCGUAUUCAAACUCACUGCAGAGAGAAGAUUAGAGGUGGAGAAAACUGUACAAAUAAAGAACUGCGGUAUUUCUGAAGUGAAAAUACGUGGAGAUUGCAAAAUUUUUGCCACUGCUGGUUGGGAUCACAAGUGAGUAAUACGUAAAUCAUCGUUUCUCCCAGUUUGACUCUACCAAACACCGCAGGUAAGUAAACGCGUAAAAAUCUCACAUCUUGGGCGCUUUCCAUUUAAUGGCCUGACUGGUCAGACCCGAAUUCUUUUCUCUGUAUCAAUGGAAAGAUCUGGUCUAUGUUUCUCAAAUAUCUAGCGAAAAUCGACCUCAUUCUAAUGUUAUCAAAAUUUUCCAGUCAGUUAGGUCCGAAGCCCAAAUGUUUUGUGUUGAUUGAACAAUUUGACCGUUCUGACCGGUUUGGCCGUGUUAAAGGAAAGCGCCCCUUGUAACAAGUCUGCCAACAAGCCGUCAACAAGUUGAGUUCGCACUGUUUGUCCCAAGUUGUCAACAAGUUUGGAACAAGCUGUUAACAACUUGUAACAACCUUGUUGAUAUUAUCAGACUUGUUGCAAGUUUGUUCCAACAAGUCCGAUACGGUCAUGAUAUAACAAUAUUUGUGUUGUCAACCUUGUAACAUUCGUGUUAUAUCAUGACUGUAUCAGACUUGUUAGAACUUUGUCUGAUGAUGCCACAAGUCUGAUAAUGCCAUCAAGCUUGUUACAAGUUGUUAACAACUUGUUACAACAACUUGGAACAAGCAGUGCGAACACAACUUGUCGACAGCUUGUGAACAGAUUUGUAACAACUUGUUUGCAGACCUGUAACAACUUGUGCGUUUUUACGCGUGUAGGUACACGCGCGAAAAUCUCACAGCUUGUCAACAAAACAAGAUGUGUUCCAGUUGUUGACAAGUUUCGAACAAGUUGUUAUCAUCUUGUAACAAGGUUCAUGAGGCCAACAGACUCGCGACAAGUCUGAUAUCGUCUGCACAUAACAAGUUGUGAUAUUUGCUGUGUUGGUGUACUCAGGUGAAUAAGAUGCUUGUGUGAUGUUACUCUGAGUGUAUAUCCACACCGGGCAGGCUUAACUAGACUCAGUUCCGAAGUAUCGCAUACUACACUUACAAUUACACUGAUAUCGAAGGAACUAGACUCAGUUCCGAAAUAUCGCAUACUCGAACCGACCUGACCGCGUAGCUCAGUUGGCAGAGCAUUGGGCUUGUAUUCCAAAGGUCGUAGGUUCGAUUCCCACCUAGGCCAGGCAUAUUUUUCAAGCCUGCCCGGUGUGGAUAUACACUCAGAGUAACAUCACACAAGCAACAUAACAAGUUGUUAACAAAAAUCUCGUAGCAACUUGUUAUCGAACGGCCUGGAUUAGUCUUGUUGGAACAACUUGUAACAAGUCUGUUACCGUCAUCAACAUUGUAACAAGAUGAUAUCAACUUAUUCCAGAUUUGUCACAACAACUGGGAACAAGCAGUGCGAACACAUCCUGAUAUGGACUUGACAACAACCUUGUUACAACUUGUUUCCAGAUCUAUAACAACUAGCGUGUUUUUACGUGUGAACUCCCGUUUCCUCCAAUGGUAACACCGCGCGUCAGUGGCAAUGAGGGUUGUCGAUCACUGGAUAAUUUAGAACUGAUGAGCUAUCCAAUGUUUACUUUAGUGGGCGAGAGGGCACCAAGAAAAGCACAACUUUCCUUUCUUUAAAUUUUAGACUGAGGAUAUUCAGUUGGAAAAGUUUAAAACCUCUGGCAAUCCUCAACUACCACACACAAUCUGUGGAUGCCGUCGCUUUCUCAAACUGCCAAGAACAACUUCUGGCUGCUGGUUCUAAGGACGGCCGGAUAAGCUUGUGGUCACUUUACAAAGACAACUAGAUAUAAAGUACUAAAUUGAGAUGUAAUCAGAAUUUCUACAAUUCAUUACAUUAAAUACAUUUAGUUGGUUACACUAUGCAGCUUUUCUUGUCAUGGCCGAAUCCCCAGAAACCCUUUGAAAUAUUGUCGCGAAAAUUUGCUUCGCGGGAAGAAAGGUUUCUCGACAAAUUCAGAAACACGUUUUGUUUCCUAAUUACGAACAAUUUCUCCUUGGUUUACCCACCUUUGGAAACAUGGCUAGGAAACAAUGUUUCUUGGUUUACCCACCUUUGGAAACAUGGCUAGGAAACAAUGUUUCCUGGUUUACCCACCUUUGGAAACAUGGCUAGGAAACAAUGUUUCCUGGUUUGUCCACCUUCGGGAAACAUUCGGGAAUGUUUCUGGUUUGCCCCCCUUUGGGAAACAUGGCUAGGAAACAAUGUUUCCUGGUUUGCCCACCUUCGGGAAACAUGGCUAGGAAAGAAUGUUUCGUGGUUUGCCCCACCUUCAGGAAACAAGGCUAUUGGCUAGGAAACAAUGUUUCCUGGUUUGCCCACCUUUAGGAAACAUGGCUAGGAAACAAUGUUUCCUGGUUUGUCCACCUUCAGGAAACAUGGCUAGGAAACAAUGUUUCCUGGGUUGCCCACCUUUAGGAAACAAUGUUUCCUGGUUUGCCCACCUUUAGGAAACAUGGCUAGGAAACAAUGUUUCUUGGUUUGCCCACCUUUAGGAAACAUGGCUAGGAAACAAUGUUUCUUGGUUUGCCCACCUUUAGGAAACAUGGCUAGGAAACAAUGUUUCUUGGUUUGCCCACCUUUAGGAAACAUGGAUAGGAAACAAUGUUUCUUGGUUUGCCCACCUUUAGGAAACAUGGCUAGGAAACAAUGUUUCCUGGUUUGUCCACCUUCAGGAAACAUGGCUAGGAAACAAUGUUUCCUGGGUUGCCCACCUUUAGGAAACAUGGCUAGGAAACAAUGUUUCCUGGUUUGCCCACCUUCAGGAAACAUGGCUAGGAAAGAAUGUUUCCUGGUUUGCCCACCUUUAGGAAACAUGGCUAGGAAAGAAUGUUUCCUGGUUUGCCUACCUUCGAGAAACAUGGCUAGGAAACAAUUAAAGUUUUCUGGUUGUCCCAAGGAUUUACAAUUUGUUGCAAGAAUGAUUUUGUAUUCACUUGUGAGAACAAAUCGCUUUAAUUAAGAAAUUUCUAUCGUCCUUCAAGAAAAGCUGAAUAAUGUCCAGCCAAUUCAACGACCUCUACGAAGUCACAUUGUACAGUCUAAUUAAUAACUUAGUGUUAAAUACUGUAAUAUUCUACAGUGAGAUCACGCUACAGUUUGUAUUCACACUAACUCAGCCUGAAAUAAGGUUCAUACUACUACCCAUUACUCACAUGAAAUUUACCAAAAUACUAGCUGGUAAAGCAUGUUAUUUUCCACUUCAAGCGUAUCAUACCAAAGCGUAUCUAUCUCUGCCCUAGCCCUAGAGUGGAACUAAU